CUAGUUUUGAAUGUUCCCUUCCCAUAGCUAUUCUCUUCCCCACACCAUCGGCCUGCUGUGCUGUAUUCUCAAAGUUACCCAUACCAUCUCCGAUCUAUUGCACAAAGUCAACAGCUUGAUCUAAGGCUAUGAAGAGCCAAGAUACCUUCGAGCUGUACACCUAUUGGUGCUCAUCAUGCUGCCAGCGGAUCAUAAUCGCUGCUCACCUCAAGGGCAUCCCGCUCCAAUUCAAGUACCUCGAUAUGGGUACAAGAGCACACCACGAUCAGAAGUACAAGGAUGAGCUGAAUCCAAGUGCUAGUAUUCCGACAUUGGUUGUGCACCACCCUGGCGGCGAGAAGACCAUCAUCCGGCAAUCCAUGACGAUUCUAGAGUAUUUCGACGAGCGAUUCCCGGACCGAAGCCCUUUGCUGCCAUCUGUCUCUGCCUGGCAGGAUCGCAUCAAGGUCCGCGACCUGGUCAACAUUAUUGCGAUCGAUGUACAGCCACCCACAAACUCUCGCAUUGCUAAACGCGUCAGGGCCGUCCAGGAUAAUGUGCAGGAUCAGGUUGCAUUUGUCAGGCAGGCCUUUACGGAUGGAUUCGAGGCAUACGAAGCCUUGAUUUCUCCUUCAAGCAAGUAUUCUUUUGGCGAGCAAGUGACUAUGGCCGAUGUUGUGUUGGUCCCCGCGGUUGAUCAGGCAUUGAUGUACAAGAUGACCUUAGACUUUGUGCCCAAUGUCCAGAGGGUCUAUAACUCGCUGAAAGAAUUAGAGGCGUUCAAGGCUGGAGAUGGGAAAAACCAGGGCGAUACCCCGGAGCAGUUCCGGUCGACUACCCAGUGAAAUGAAGCCACUACGCGUGCGCGUGGCUCAGAUUUGACCUGUACUAUCAGCGCCUAUCGAGACACGUUUAUCUUUCAGGCCUUCAUGAAAAGUUGUAAAUAGCCGACAAUGAAAGAUGUUGAGCCAAGUGCAUAACCUACUCCUGACAGGUAGGAGCAACAGCCCGUGUUCAUUCGGGCGCGAUUGGCGCGGCGGACGAAAUGUGACCUAUCCAUGUCAACGUGCCAGAAUGCAUGGUUGUCACUGCUUGGCAUGUGCACCUCAAAGUAAGAGCCCCUCCUACCAAGCACAUGGACCUGUGGGCCUGCAUUUACAUAUCGGGAGCAGACUAGUACCUGGUUCCUUGGGUCUGAAUUGUGGCAGGAUUUGCUGCUUGGCACGUAAGAUAGAACCGGUUAUCCUAGGAAGGUGAUCUGAUUUGCUCUA